AUGAGCGCCAUUCUGUCUGCUGAUGAUUUGAACGACUUCAUUUCUCCCGGACUAGCUUGUAUAAAGCCUGUCGAGAAUUUUCCUCAAAAAAAUACAGCUAGCGAAGAGAAUGCCUACGAAGUGACGACGGAAGACAAAAUUCAACCAGAAAAUCAAGCCCCAACGCAGAUUUCCCUCACAGAUUGCCUCGCCUGUUCAGGCUGCGUUACUUCUGCCGAGGCCGUUUUAAUUUCUCUACAAUCCCAUGCAGAGGUUCUCAAUACUCUAGACGCUCAUCGACCAGCGCCAUUGAUAAUCACUCAAGAUGGAAAUCUUAGUGUCUCUCGCAAGAUAGAACCCGAUGAAAGGAUAUUUGUUGCCAGUGUCAGUCCUCAGGUCAGAGCUAGUCUGGCUGCAACAUAUGAUAUCUCUGAGCGCAAGGCUGGGCAUAUGAUCGAUCAACUCCUUCGUGGACCACAAGGUUUGCGCAAUGGAGGAAAACAUGGAAAUGGGUUUACUUGGGUUCUUGAUACCAAUGUUUUACGGCAAAUGGUUCUUACCCUUGCUGCUCAGGAGGUCACCGAAGCCCUACACACGUCUUCUGCAAGCAGCGGAAGCGGGAAAUAUACGAGUCCAAAGAAACCCAUAUUGUCAUCUGCCUGCCCUGGGUGGAUAUGUUACGCCGAAAAGACACACCCACAUGUUCUACCGCAUCUUUCACGCUUGAAAUCGCCACAAGCAUUAUCGGGUACUUUUGUCAAAUCUAUUCUUAGCCGCACUCUGGGUAUCGCCCCUUCCCAGAUCUGGCAUCUGGCUGUCAUGCCCUGUUUUGAUAAGAAGUUAGAGGCCAGUCGCGAAGAAUUGACAGAUGCGGCAUGGAGCAAUAUAUCUGAUUCGCCUGUGCGAGACGUCGAUUGUGUUAUUACCUCGCGCGAACUACUGAUGCUGGCAUCAUCUCGGAAUAUAUCGCUCCCAUCACUACCGUUGAAAUCCUUGGCUCCCACCUACGCACCGCAUUUUCCGGACCCUACUGUGGACUCAUUCUUGUUUUCACACACACAAACCUCCAAACAGAGUUCGAAAUACGGUACUUCAGGUGGUUAUCUUUACUAUAUUUUAUUGUUGCACAAGGAAAAACACCCAGGAAGCCGCAUCGAAGUGCAACGAGGACGAAACUCCGAUGUCAUUGAAUACUCUUUGAUGUCCGAGACGAAUGAAGCAAUAAUGAAAGCAGCUCGCUAUUACGGAUUUCGAAACAUCCAGAAUCUUGUCCGUAAAAUGAAGCCAGCUCGCGCUUCACGCUUGCCUGGUGCAAAUCGACGUGGAGCUGCAGGAUCUGGCGCCAGCUCUUCGGGGCUUGAUUAUGCAUUUGUGGAGGUCAUGGCAUGCCCCGGCGGCUGCACCAAUGGAGGGGGACAGAUUCGCCUCGACGAUGCUCGAGAAGCAAACGCUAGCUUGCAUAGUGCAACCCCCAACGAUUCCGCUGUUACGACACAGAAACAUACUACCUAUGAACAGCGCCAGUGGCUUUCACGGGUGGACGAAGCCUACUUCUCCGCGGAGUCAGACUCCGAAGACGAGGCCAAGCCUGCAGCUACAGGCAGCUCGCUGCAUGACAUGGAGAUCAGAACCCGGGAUAUUCUUCAGUAUUGGACAAAUCUAACCGGUGCACAGCUAGAAGACCUUGUCUAUACGACAUUCCGCAAAGUAGAAAGCGAUGUGGGCAAAGACAAGAAUGUCAACGAUACCACACGGGUUGCUGAACUUGCCGGAAAGAUAGGAGGCGGAUGGUAG